GUACUUUGAUAUUUUAAAUUGUUAACAGGUGUUUUUUUGUACUCUUUCGAGAUAGCAAAAUUGUAUCUUGCAGAAACCAAUAAAUAGUAGCAAGCUUCUUGGUGAAAGAGAGAAGAUAAUGGAAAAAUGCAGCCAACGAAUGCCGGCGAUAAGAAGCAUCUACAGCCACUAUAAAGCCAUGGAAGAUUUCCAUGGAGGUCAUCACAAAGCCACCAAGAUGCAGUCAAGUCAGAAGCAAUUCAUUACCAUUCUCCUCUCCCUGCUUGUGUUUCUCUGGCCAGGAUUGGGUGAGGCUGCCAGCGCCAAGUCCUCGCCGUUGGCCAAUUGGCGUUUCAGUGAUCCCCAUUAUACCAGCAAUCAAUAUGCCAAGAUUCUGGGCGAUUCCGGCCUGGGCCAUGAUCCCGAUGACAAGGACAAGAAGGAUGUGGGAAUCAAUCUCAAUCCGGAGCAUCUGCAGAUCCAAUAUGUGGACUAUCAGCCGCAGUGUCAGUCCGGUGGAGUGCCCGUAUGUGCCACCAAUGGCACUGAAACCUUCUAUUUCGAGAACGAUUGCCGCCUGGAGGCGCACAAUAUGAAAAUGUUGUUUCAAUAUGGAACAGAGCUGGAGCCCACAGAGAUGGAGCGAUGCCUGCCCAGCUGCCAGGCCAUAAAGUGCACAACCGUGGAGCGUCCAAUUUGCGUUCUGGCCGAGACCAGUGGUGCACUGCCUCAGACCUUUGCCAACGAGUGCGAGAUGCGGCGAUGCGAGUGUCAUACGAAGCAGGUCCUGCGUAUCCUGCACCAGGGUCGCUGUCAGCCGCCCACCAAAAGUCUGCGCAAAAAGAAGCAGCGCCGGAAUAAGAAGAAGCCUUUGAAGACCACCUCGAAAAUGAGUAGUGAGCCCAAGAAGAUCUACUACCUGAUGGCCACUCCUCCUCCUGCUCCUGCUGCCACAACACCUAGAUCGAACAACAACAACAAGCGAUGGCUUAGCAUGCCACGAAGGAUUACCACCACGCCCAGGACAAUGCCCACCAAAUCGACCAGCACCAGUCCCUCGCCUAUGAAAUUCCAGCAACUGAUGGCCCUGGCCAAUCCCAUGGUCUCCGUUUCACGGGCCGUCGAUGCCUACAAUGUCUACAACAUACCCGAUGUGGGUCAGGAUUAUGGUGAGAUCACAGAUUCCUCACUGUCGCUCUAUCUGCCGGGUGUGGGUCGGGUCACAGAGGCGACUACUAGCACCACAACCACAACUACGAGGGGAACUAGCCAUUCCCCCAAUAGGAUUACUACUACAACAGCACCCAAGCCCCUGCUGACCACCAGCAGCCAUAGAGCAUCAUCAUCAUCAUCUUUAAUUAUGACAGAACCCAUGGCCACCACCACCACCAUCUCUAGGGAGCCCGUUUUGCCCAGCACCCAGGCCCUAAGGGAGGAGCAGAGUACUCUGGCAUACCUGGAGGCGGUAACCCUUGGAUCAAGUACCACCACCCAGGAGUCGACGACCAAGACCAAGAGUCGUUGAGCCUCCCAGGAGAAGUCCCAGCUAUAAUUUAUAUCAACCCUGUAUUUAUAUAGAUAUA